AUGAUGUCAAUCUAUGAAGUAGCUCUUCAAAUCAGAUUUUGGAGUCCAAUUAUUUUAUUUUCAAUUGGAGUUCCAGCAGCAUUACUCAAUGCAAUAAUAUUUGUUAGCAUAAAAACAUUUCGUCGAUCUUCAUCGACUUAUUAUAUUGUGGGGCAAUCAUUAUCCGAUGUGAAUGUCUUAUUGAUUCUGCUUCUUCAAGUAAUUCCAUCUACGUCAUCAUCAGUUUCAUCCAUUGCUUGUAAGUUAAUAUUGUUUUUUCUUCAACUGACAGUUUCUGUUGCGAUGAGUUUUCUUUGUUUGUCUGCAUUUGAUCGUUGGGCAUGUACAUCUCAAUCGGCUCGAAUACGUCAAUUGAGUUCGAUUCGCGUAGCUCAACGUGUCUUUCCUAUUCCGUUUAUUCUUUGGUCACUUGUGAAUAUUCCUUUUCUGGUGUAUUGUGAUCUUGUACCACCAAUAUUUUCAUGUUGGUUCACGAAUGAUCUCUUUAUGCGAAUAGGAAUCCUUGUUUUAUCUCAAAUUCUCACUGUUCUUCUUCCUUUGAUUAUUCUUAUACUGUUUGGACUGUUGACAUAUCGUAACAUUCGUCUUGUAAUCCAUGUUCGUCAACAACCAAAUCAAAGUCGUCAAUCAAACUGGGAACAACAAAUGACAAGAAUGAUGUUAAUUCAAACUCUUCUAAGUAUCUUUUGCACAAUUCCUCGAGCCGUUUUCGUCGUUUAUACGAUCUUUACAAUCGAUGAGAGUGUAACGAGAAACUUCGAUCAAUUGUCCAUUAUAUUUCUCGUCGAUAGCCUUACUAUCUCUAUUAUUUCUUUGAAUUUCGCUUCAUCUUUUUACAUAUUCCUUCUUUCAUCACCACGUUUACGACAAAUGAUUCAGAUGCAUUUAAAAUGUCUAUUUAAUCGGCGAAAUAAUCAAGUGGGUUCAACAAAUAUAUUACUUACAAUACCAACACUUAGUGCUCGUCGAACUACAAGAGUUACUGUUCGACCGACAGUUGAAAAUAAACCAUUUUGA